UCUCUACACCCGCCUUUCCCCCUUUUUAAACUCUCUCUCUCUCCCUUAACGUUUUUCAUUUCUUCUCAGUUGAAAAAAAAAUGGUUGAAGAGAGAGACCCAGUUGAUGUUUUCAUGAGUCUUGACCGGUGGCCUUUAUCACCGCUUGAAGAGGAAGAAGAAACCGAUACCCUCGCAGCACGGGAGAUGUAUAUGGUGGGUUUUGUGAUCGUCAACGUUGUGGGUCUUCAGUAUUAUACUGGUACAAUCAGUGGAAGAGAAAUUGUUGGACUUCAACGUGAACCGCUGAAUCAGUAUGAUUCAAAUGCUAUAAAAGUGCUUAAUACUCGUUCUAUUCAAGUUGGACACAUCGAACGCUCCGCCGCUAUGGUUUUAGCACCUCUCUUGGACGCAAAUGUCAUCACCAUUGACGGAAUUGUUCCAAAGGUAGCUCGUCCAGGAAACAGAUACAAACUUCCCUGUCAAGUUCACAUCUUUGCAAGAUUUGAAGCAUUUGAAAUAGUAAAAUCAGCAAUUACAAAUGGUGGGUUGUAUUUGAUUGGUGAGAACAAUCCGUCAUUUACACUUUCAGAGGCACAGGUAGUGAAGGAGAAAAGAAGUACACUAGAAGGGAGGGAUAUUGAUGAGAUAUUUAAGCUGUUGGAUGACAAAGUCAGUAAAAAGGAAGAACUGAAAGCAUUAGAGCCACCCAAAAAUAUAAUAAAGUCAAAGCUUCUUCUGCACCAGAAGGAAGGAUUGUGGUGGUUGGUUCAGAGGGAGAAAUCUGAAGAAUUGCCUCUUUUUUGGGAAGAGAAAGAGGGUAAUUAUGUGAAUGUCUUGACAAAUUACUCUACAGAUAAAAGACCUGAACCUAUACGAGGCGGAAUAUUUGCAGAUGAUAUGGGGUUGGGGAAGACACUUACUCUCCUUUCUUUGAUUGCUUUGGACAAAUGUGGUGAUAUUAUUUCUUCAAUCAAAAGUGGGCAUCUAAAUUCUGAGAGAGAUGAUGGAUUAGAUGAAGAGGAAGACACAUGGGCUGCUUCAUUUAGUAAGAGGAAUAGAAGGGGAACAGACAGUAGAAAGGCUAACAAUUCACGGAAGAAGCAAAAGACUGAACAAACACACACUCUACACGUGAAGGGAAAAACAGUGUUUAGUCCUGACAGACGGUCUGGCAAUUCAAAUUCACGGCCGACAUUGGUCGUUUGUCCACCAGCUGUAUUCUCAGCAUGGACCUCACAGAUUGAGGAGCACACAAAACCAGGUUCACUGAAGUCAUAUAUAUAUUAUGGAGAGCGGACUGGAGAUGCCAGUGAGCUGGAAAAGUAUGACAUAGUUUUAACUACUUAUAGUAUUCUGGCAAGUGAAGACACAUGGAUAGAUUCUCCUAUCAAAAAGAUAGAAUGGUGGCGAGUUAUCUUGGAUGAGGCACAUGUCAUUAAGAAUGCGAAUGCUCAGCAAAGUCGAGCAGUUAACAACUUGAAAGCUAAUCGAAGGUGGGCAGUAACAGGAACACCAAUACAAAAUAACUCAUUCGAUUUGUAUUCCUUGAUGGCAUUUUUGAGAUUUGAGCCUCUGUCUAUUAAAUCCUAUUGGAACAGUUUGAUACAACGUCCACUUGCCCAGGGAGAUGAGAAGGGAGUAUCGAGGCUGCAGGUCCUAAUGUCAACCAUGUCUUUAAGAAGGACAAAAGAAAAGGCUCUUACUGGUUUGCCAUCAAAAUCUAUCGAGACUUUUGUUGUGGAACUCUCUGGAGAUGAAAGAGAAAUUUAUGAUCAGAUGGAAUCAGAAGCUAAGAAGAUUGUCAAUCAAUACAUCUCUUCUGAUAGUUCAAUGAAAAACUAUUGGACUGUGCUGAGUGUAAUUGUACGACUUCGACAGAUCUGUGUAGAUUCAGCGUUGUGUCCUGCAGACCUGAGAUCUUUACUUCCAUCAAAUAAAAUUGGAGAUGUGCAAAGCAACCCACAGUUGUUGGACAAAAUGCUCUCAGCGCUGCAAGAUGACGAGGGCAUUGAUUGCCCAAUCUGCAUUUUUCCUCCUACCAAUGGUGUCAUUACUUGUUGUGGGCAUAUUUUUUGCAAGUCAUGCAUUUUGAAGACCAUAAAACGUGCCAAGGCUUGCUGCCCACUUUGCCGCCAUCCUCUGACAGAGUCUGAUCUAUUUAUCUGCCCACCUGAAGCAUCUAAUGCUGCAAAUAGUGGAAGUUCAUCCACUGCAUCAUCCAAAGUGAAUGCACUCCUAAAACUUCUUGUUGCAUCAAGAGAUGAAAGCCCCAGCAGAAAAUCAAUUGUCUUCUCUCAAUUCAGGAAGUUGUUGCUCCUACUUGAAGAGCCGCUUAAAGCAGCUGGUUUUAAGAUAUUGCGCUUAGACGGGUCAAUGAAUGCAAAAAAGAGAUGCCAAGUGAUUAAAGAGUUUGAAAUCCCAGCUCCGGAGGGGCCUACCAUCUUGCUUGCAAGUCUAAAAGCUUCAGGUGCUGGAAUAAAUCUUACAGUUGCUACUAGAGUCUAUCUAAUGGAACCUUGGUGGAAUCCCGCAGUUGAGGAGCAAGCUAUGGACAGAGUCCAUAGAAUUGGACAGAAGGAAGAUGUGAAGAUUGUGAGGAUGAUUGCACGAAGCACCAUUGAAGAGAGGAUACUGGAACUGCAGGAAACGAAGAAACUGCUGGCGAGGAAGGCUUUUAGGAAGAAGGGUUCACAAGAUCAAAGGGAGAUUAGUGUUAAUGACCUUCGUACCUUGAUGCACUUGUGAGUCAUAGAGUCAUAUUUUUAUUCGUAGAUGGAUGUAUAUGUUUUGUAAAUGCUUUACUUACUAUACAUCUGAUCUUUUUGGUCAGAAAUGCACCAUGAUGUUCUCUGUUUUGAAUUAUUUUGCUGAACUUUAUGUAAUCCAUUUGGAUGAAAAUGGAAUUAGUUCUUUGAAAU